AUGAAGGAUAAAGAAGGAGUUGGAGUUGCUGAUAAAUUUAAGAACCUGAUAUUUUCAUGGUCUCUUGAUGACAUUCUCAAUGAAAACCUCUACAAAAACAAGGUGGACAGGAUACCGCUUACUUUCGAUUCAGAGGCGCAAUAUUUCAGUUCUUUCAUCUAUCCGUUGCUAGAGGAAACCCGUGCUCAAGUGGCUUCCUCUUUGGAGUUCAUUAACAUACUUCCCUAUGCUGAAAUAACCAAUAUCCAAAAGGCCAACAGUGAUAUCAGUUUUAUGUAUGAUGUUACUGUUGGUCCGUGGAGAAACAGAUCUUUUGAACGUGGCAAACCGCCUUACGAGACAUUCCCUGGUGAUCUUCUCAUUUUCAUGGAUGGAAAAGCAGAAUCUGUUUCUAAUUUGCAACGCAUGGGAAGAACAUGGGCGUUAUCCCUUGUUAGAAAAAUGAAAGAUAACGAUAAUGGAGACGAUAUUGAUAACACAUUGAUGUCUUUUAAAGUCGAUGCUUCCCAGCAUAUUGAAUUCCAAGAUGGGAUGUUUGUCGUUUUCUUGUUGAAUACUACAAUCCCAAAAAGAAUUUGGAAUUCACUGCACAUAGAUGGAAAUCUGAAUAUCAUUAAAGAGAUUCUUUACCCUGGUUCUAUGAAGACGGAUGAUUGCAGUAACUGUUCUUUUGAUUUCGAUAGUCUUUUUGCUGUAUAUCCAAAUCUGUUUGAUAAACUGAAUGAAUCACAAAAAGAAGCAAUCAUGGCUUGUCUUUGUAAAACAGAAUGUUGUCAUAAUUCAUAUGUGGAACAAAUACGGGGACCUCCCGGAACAGGAAAAACGACAACAGUUAGUGUCUUGCUAUUUGCUCUGCUGCAAAAGAAUCGCAGGACGCUUACUUGUGCACCAACAAACAUUGCUCUGUUACAAUUAGCUUCACGUAUGCUAAGUUUGGUCAAGCAAUCAUAUAGAACUACAACCAAAACUGGUGAUUCCUUUUGUUCUUUUGGAGACGUGCUUUUGUUUGGAAGCAAGGAGCGGUUGAAAGUUGGUGCAGAGAUUGAAGAAAUAUAUCUGGAGCAUCGGGUUGAAAGGCUUACAGAGUGCCUUGGGUCUUUGACUGGUUGGAAGCAUUGCAUGAGGUCCAUGACUGAUUUACUUGAAAAUUGUGUAUCUCAAUAUCAUGUUUUUCUGGAAAAUGAGUUGUCCAAAGAAGAAAAACUUGCAAAUGAAAAUCAAAGUGGAACCGAAACCAAGUUGCAAGUCAGAUCAUUCACUGAGUUUGUGCAAGAUCGAUUUGCUUCUUCUGUAGUGCCACUUAGAAGAUGCAUCCUUACAUUCUUGACUCAUAUUCCAAGAAGUUUCAUGAGGGAAUAUAGUUUCCAUAGUAUGAUCUAUCUUUUGGAUAAUUUAAAUUUGUUUGAAUCAUUGUUGAGUGAAGAGAAUUUGGAGUCAGAAGAACUUGAGCACCUUUUCACUUCUAAACCGUUGCCUGAUCAGUUGGGAGAUAUGGCUUCAAUUAAUUCUGUUAGAGCCAUGUGUAUAUUGGUUCUAAGAGGUCUGCAAAUAUCCCUUGAAGCACUUAUCCUUCCAAGUGUGUCAAAAAAACAUGCACUGAUGAAUUUCUGCUUUGAAAGAGCUUCUCUUAUAUUUUGCACAACAUCUAGUUCUAGCAAGUUGCAUGCUGUUGAAAUGAAGCCUUUGAACAUUGUGGUCAUCGAUGAAGCUGCACAGCUAAAAGAGGCUGAGUCCGCUAUUCCUCUCCAGCUUCCUGGGAUGAAGCAUGCUAUUCUGAUUGGAGAUGAGUGUCAAUUACCACCAAUGGUUACAAGCAAUGUAUGUAUUGAAUCUGGCUUUGGGAGAAGCUUAUUUGAUAGAUUGAGCUCCUUGGGACAUUCCAAACAUCUAUUAAAUGUGCAGUACAGAAUGCAUCCUUCUAUUAGCUUCUUCCCAAAUUGGAAAUUUUAUCAGAAUCAGAUCCUUGACGCAGAGAACGUGUUGUGUAAAAGUUAUGAAAAGCAAUAUCUUUCAGGACCAAUGUUUGGUUCAUAUUCAUUUAUAAAUGUCGUUGGUGGAACAGAAGAAAAGGAUGAUAAUGGACGUAGUCGAAGAAAUAUGGUUGAGGUGGCUAUUGUGAUUAAGAUUGUGCAAAAUCUCUACAAAGUGUGGGACGACUCGAAGAAGAAGCUUACUAUCGGUGUUAUCUCUCCUUAUGCUGCCCAAGUUGUUGCGAUUCAAGAACGACUUGCUCACAAAUACGAGAAACUUGAUGGAUUUUCUGUGAAGGUGAUGUCAAUCGAUGCGUUUCAGGGUGGAGAAGAAGACAUAAUAAUUUUAUCGACAGUAAGAUCUAAUAACCAUGGUUUUAUUGGCUUCAUAUCUAGUCCUCAAAGGACUAAUGUUGCCCUCACCAGAGCACGACAUUGUCUCUGGAUAUUGGGAAACGAAAGAACCCUAACCAAUAGGGAAUCUGUAUGGAAAGAUUUAGUCAAUGAUGCCAGAGAACGGCAGUGUUUGUUUGAUGCCGAUUCUGAUGAUUGCUUGAAAAUUACCGUUAUAAAUGCAAAGAAAGAGCUAGAAGAACUUGAUGAUCUGGUUAAUGAGAACAGUGUACUUUUUAAACAUGCAAAAUGGAAGGUUCUGUUUAGUGACGACUUCAGAAGAUCAUUUGGAAAGCUGACUUCUGCCCGCUUGAAGAAGCUUGCUUUAAAUCUUUUAUUGAGACUUUCUGGUGGCUGGCGGCCCAAGAACAGAAGUGUGGACUUGCAUUGUGAAAAAUCUUCACAUAUUCUGAAACAAUUUAAGGUUGCAGGGCUAUAUAUUAUUUGCUCAAUUGACAUCAUCAAAGAAUACAAUUAUGUACAAGUUUUGAAGGUUUGGGAUAUAUUACCUUUGGAAGAGAUUCCAAAACUCCGAAAACGACUUGAGUACAUAUUUGCUGCUUACAUGGAUGAUUAUAUUAAUCAUUGCACAGAAAAACGUUUGGAGGGAAAGUUGGAAGUCCCUAAUAGUUGGCCAGCACUGAAAAAGGUGAUACGAUUUCGCGAUCUAAGUAAUGAUGAUAAUUACAGCGAAGUUGGUGAGAAUCUUGGUGAUGGUAGAAGUUACCUUGAAAACUCAAGAGUGAGUGAAAGCUUGUUGCUCAUGAAGUUCUACUCAUUGUCAUCUGAAGUGGCCAAACAUUUGCUUUCUGGUAAUGAACUUGAUCUACCCAUGCAAGUCACUGAUGAACAAAUGGACAUAAUCUUAUCUUGCAAAAGUUCAUUCAUAAUUGGGCGAUCAGGAACCGGGAAAACCACUAUUUUGACGAUGAAAUUGUUCCAAAAAGAGCUGCUUUUUAAUGUUGCUUCUGAAGGGAUUUACGAAACAGAGAGCAGUGGAAUCAUGGAUUGUAAAGUUGAUCCUGAAGAUAACAAACCAAAUAUUCUCCACCAGCUUUUUGUGACUGUCAGCCCAAAAUUGUGUUACGCUGUGAAGCAACAAGUUUUCCAGUUUACAAGUAUUUCAGGUAAUAUGAAUACUUCAGCAGAGAUUAAACUUAAUGGUGCAGACUUUAUUACAUCAGAGUUUGGUGAUAUCCCAGACACAUUUGCUGAUAUCCCCAAGAAAAAUUACCCUCUUGUUAUUACAUAUCAAAAGUUUUUAAUGAUGCUGGAUGGAACUCUGGGGAAUUCGUUCUUUGAAAGAUUUCUCGAGGCAGAAGAAGGUUGUCAUGGUAAGCCUAUAAGCUCAAGAUCUGUUGCAUUGCGAACUUUCUUAAGAUUAAGGGAGGUUACAUAUGAUAGAUUUUGUUCGCUUUACUGGCCCCACUUCAAUACCAAGUUGACAAAGAAGCUUGAUCCGUCACGCGUGUUUACGGAAAUAAUUUCUCAUAUAAAAGGAGGACUGCAAGCAGGGGAAUAUAGUGAUGGCAAAUUGAGCUAUGAGGCUUACUGUCUGUUGGCUGAAAAUCAUUCAUCCACUUUAACAGAACAAAAAAGAGAGGUUGUUUAUGCCCUCUUUGAAGCCUAUGAAAAGAUGAAAGCCCAACGUGGAGAUUUUGAUUUGGGUGAUUUAGUUAAUGACAUUCAUCAUCGACUUAAAAAUGGAAAUUUUGAUGGCGACCGGAUGGAUUUUGUUUAUAUUGAUGAAGUUCAAGAUCUUAGUAUGCGGCAGAUUUCUCUUUUUAAAUAUAUAUGCCACAAUAUCAACGAGGGCUUUAUAUUUGCAGGUGACACUGCUCAAACUAUUGCCAGAGGGAUUGAUUUUAGAUUUCAAGAUAUACGAUCUUUGUUCUAUAAAGAGUUUUUAGCCACCGGAAUAAGUGGAAAACAAGGGAAAGGCUGUGUAUCUGAGAUUUUUCAGCUAAAACAGAACUUCAGGACUCAUGCUGCUGUGCUUGAGUUAGCUCAGAGUGUCAUUGAUAUUCUUUCCUGUUAUUUCAUUCACUCAAUUGAUAUUUUAGAACCUGAAACUAGUCUUGUUUCUGGUGAAGCUCCUGUCUUAUUGGAGUCUGGUAAUGACAAAAAUGCAAUUGUGACUAUUUUUGGUGCCAGUGGAACUGGUGGUGAAGCUGUUGGAUUCGGUGCUGAACAAGUGAUAUUGGUACGUGAUGAUUCUGCAAAAUCUGAAAUUUGUAAGUGUGUUGGAAAACAAGCUCUUGUUCUCACUGUAAUGGAGUGUAAGGGUCUUGAGUUUCAGGAUGUAUUGCUAUAUAACUUUUUUGGGACAUCUCCUUUGAAAGACCAGUGGAGAGUAAUAUAUGGAUACAUGAAAGAAUGUGAUUUGCUCGAUGAAAAACUUCCGCAAUGUUUUCCAACCUUCAAUGCGGCAAGACAUGGUGUCUUUUGUUCAGAAUUGAAACAAUUGUAUGUGGCUAUAACUCGCACCAGACAAAGGCUCUGGAUAUGUGAGAAAAAAGAGGAUCUCGCGAAGCCAAUGUUCGACUAUUGGAAAAGAAAGGGACUUGUUCAGGUAAGGAGGCUUGAUGAUUCGGUUGCACAAGCUAUGCGGGUUGCUAGCAGCCCUCAAGAGUGGCGGGAGCGUGGUAAAAAGCUUUUUUAUGGAAACAAUUUUGUGAUGGCUACAAUGUGUUUUGAAAGAGCCGGAGAUACGAUGUGGGAGAAACUGGCAAAAGCUUCUAGUCUUAGGGCAUUCGCUGAUCAAAUGCAAGAAAGGAAUCCUGAAGCUUAUUUAGGCUAUCUUAGAGAAUCUGCAGAAGUUUUUGAGUGUAUUGGGAAAUUUGAAUCUGCUGCUUCAUGUUACAGUGACAUGGGAGAAUACAAAAGAGCUGGAACAAUGUACUUGUAUAAAUGUGGAAAGAUUGAUGCAGCAGCAGAGUGUUUCACUCAAGCAGGGUGCUAUAAUGAUGCAGCUGAAGCUUAUGCAAAAGGAAAUCAGUUUUCCAACUGCUUGCAGGUUUGCAUAAAAGGAAAACUGUUUGAUAAAGGGUUGCAGUAUAUAGAAAACUGGAAACAGCAUACUGAUCAUCAAACUGAAGAAAUAGAGCAAAUUGAGCUGGAACUUUUGGAGAGUCAUGCUCUUCAUUAUUAUGAGAGUAAAGAUCCAGAAUCCAUGCUUAAAUUAGUCCGCACCUUUAAUUCUAUGGAAUCCAAGCGUGUGUUCUUGAGGUCCUUAGACUGCCUUGAUGACCUUUUAGUUUUGGAAGAAGAAUCGGGUCAUUUUCUUGAUGCUGCUGAGGUGGCAUGGUCAUUGGGUGAUGUUCUAAAAGAAGCUGAUCUUUUGGAAAAAGCUGGAAAAGUUAUGGAGGCAACGGUUCUUCUACUUUGGUAUGUGUUUUUUAGCUCGUUAUGGGGAAAUGGAAGCAAAGGGUGGCCAUUAAAGCAGUUUCCUCAAAAGGAAGAACUUUGUGAAAAAGCAAAGUCACUUGCUAUAAUGGAUUCAAACAAGUUCUAUGAUUUUGUUUGUAGUGAGCUUAAAGUACAUGACCAGAACAGGAGUUUGACAGAUCUGAGGCAACAUUUACAUGAAUCCCAAAAGAAAAAAUGUUUUAUGGGAGAAAUUGUGUUGGUUAGGAAAAUCUUAGAUUCUCAUUUUAAAUUAACAUCCGUGAAGUAUGAGUGGGAGGACGAAUUACCUGUUGACAUAAACAAGCACUGUGAGGACAAGAUCUUUCAGAACCAAGUUUCUGUUAGAACUUUGGUUUUUUAUUGGAAUAUGUGGAAGCAAAAUGUUUUGACUAUCUUCCAAAGUCUCAAAAGUGUUCAUAAUGAAGAAAUGAAUAAACACAAGGAUCAAAUCGAUUUCAGUUUGAACUACUUUGGGGUGAGGAAACAGUGUGUGAAAGGCAAAAUGAUUUACUUAAUAGUCAACCAGGAUGCUGAUUGGAUAAGAUACAACGGUAAAAAAGGCCUUCAUAGGGAUGGGAAGCGUCUAACGAUAGACAUCAGGCACUUGGUUUGUGCUAUUCGGUUUUAUUGGCAGUCUGAAUUAUUUUCUGUUGGUAUAAAGGUACUUGAAACUCUUAAUACACUCCAUAAGUCAAGGUUAAGUGGUUCAGUAUUUCAUCAAGGCACAUGUCUGCUACACAUUUUUGAAGUUUCAAAGUUUCUCUUAGAUUGCCAGUAUCUUAACCUCAGUUCUCCGUGCGAAAAGAAGCUGGAAAAUUUCCUUGGAAUCAGUACUACUUAUAUUGAUCUUGUGUUUCCGUUAGACUGGCGAAAAUCGGUAUCUGAUGACUUGCUUUUAUUAAGAAAGUCUGACCUUUCGGUCAAUUUGCUUGUUGACAUAAUACUUCGUAGUUUUGACAUCAAGGGUAACCUCACCUAUUGGGCAAUCGGGAGGGUAAUGAUGAUAAGCCUUAGUUACAGAAAACCAAUAAGAAUUAAGCAGAUGGUUGAGAAGGGACUUCAGUGGAAUCCUGCAUGGAAGUCAUUUUUUAUGACGUAUGUGUGUGGUGGCUUAAAAGAUGCUUAUGUUGUUCCAGAAUUCCAAAAUGUUUUGGAAGAUAGUUUUAAAGCCAAGCGGAGCAGUCCUGGCUACAUAUCUAUUCACAGUUUCGUGUAUCUGUUGGAUAGUCUUCUUUUCUUGGCAUCUUUCUCUUCAGGAUUGAUGUUCACUACAAGGUCUUCUCUUGUUGGAUGGCUUAUACAAGUUCACUCUACUGCUACUGUAACUACAAGGUUUGCAGUUUCUAAAAAAUUACUUCCAGAUAAUGUUGUAAACUUUAUCGCUGAAACAGUUCAAGAAAUUCUCUGCAACGAAAGCGACACUGUAUCAUGGAUUCAAAAGUCAAAGCUUGAUCCUACUUAUUACCAUCCACUUUUAGCUUUAAAACUGGUUAUGAUGUUAUCUUUAAUUUGUCUUCAAGUGCCAAAUCGUUACCCUUCUGACGCACUUUUAUAUUUGCUGGUGGGGAGUAGCAAUGUAGUUCGGUUGCUUCCACAAGAAUUUGUCAAUAAUCUUUUACGGAGAAGGAAAGGUACUUUCUUGAAUUUACAUGCAGAUGUAGUCGCAGAAGCAUUUAUGAGCAUCGAGGAUCCUCUCCUGGUUGUGAGCUCAGGAAAUGCGAGUUUAAGAAUCCGUGCUCCUUGUGCUACAUUUGUAGACAUUAGGAAAUCUAAAGAGGAGAUAAUGAGUGUAUUGUUUCCAAGUAAGACCAUACUUUGUGCUCAAAGUUCUUUAAACAACGAUGGCUGUGGGACAGAACAAGUUGAAAAUUUGAAUGUGAAUCCUUUGCGUGGAGAGGAUGGUAGAAGUCAACAUUUACUGCGACUACUGCUUAGAGUUACACGUUGGAUAAAAGCUGAAGACUUGAUCAUACUGAUGGGAAUUAUGCUGCUAGUUUUUGUUGGUUAUCUAUUGUGA